GUGGGGAUGGGAAGCUCACAAGCACAGGCCCGCUGCUGAUGCAAACCUUCCCAACCAAGGUCCCCCGGGGUUUCUGCCAAGAGUCGGCGGGAGGGCCCUAUUGCUACGUUCCUAUUGCUUAACGACUGCAAUUAGGCAGCAUCCAGGACGUUGUACCGGGGACAGAGGGGGAGGAGAUGGUGGGCCCCUCUGCUAAAUGCAACGCCGGAAGGAACAUAGGGAUGAAUUUAUUGUGGCCAGCGGUCCCGGGCCUGCAAGGAAAGUCAAGGGGCUUUAAGGCUCGGGAAGAUUCUCUAACUCCAACUCCGCCCUCCAAGCUUUACUUCCCGCAGGAGUGGGAGCCAAAGCGGGCCGACUGUAGGGGAUGUGGCCCCGGGCGAGGGUUAUGAGCCAUUGAUUAAAAAGAAGGACUUUUCCAAGUACUUUGCACUUUUGAUUGAGUAUUAUGGAUACCAAGGAAGAGAAGAAAGAACGGAAACAAAGUUAUUUUGCUCGAUUGAAAAAGAAAAAGCAAUCCAAACAAAAUGCAGAAACAGCCUCCGCUCUAGCCGCAAGGACUCAUCCAGGGAAAGAAGAUGCUAACGCAGCCAUUUUAGAACAAGAGAAGUGCAACGUUGCUGUGGAAGAGGAAUAUAGUACUGACGAGAAGAAGAAGAGAAAAAAUAACCAGUUAAAGGAGAUCAGGCGUACGGAACUAAAGAGAUACUAUAGUAUUGAUGACAAUCAAAACAAAACGCAUGAUAAAAAAGAGAAGAAGAUGGUGGUUCAGAAGCCCCAUGGCACUAUAGAAUACACUGCUGGAAGCCAGGACACCCUAAACUCCAUAGCACUGAAGUUUAACAUCACUCCCAAUAAAUUAGUGGAAUUGAAUAAACUUUUCACACAUACUAUUGUUCCAGGCCAGGUCCUGUUUGUGCCAGAUGCCAACUUUCCUUCCAGUACCUUAAGGCUAUCAUCAUCCAGUCCUGGUGCUACUGUCUCUCCUUCAUCAUCAGAUGCAGAAUAUGAUAAACUGCCUGAUGCUGACUUAGCACGAAAGGCCUUAAAACCCAUUGAAAGAGUCUUAUCAUCUACUUCCGAAGAAGAUGAGCCGGGGGUGGUGAAAUUUUUAAAAAUGAAUUGUCGCUACUUCACUGAUGGAAAGGGUGUGGUCGGAGGCGUCAUGAUUGUUACACCUAACAACAUCAUGUUUGACCCUCAUAAGUCUGAUCCCUUGGUUAUCGAAAAUGGAUGCGAGGAGUAUGGCCUCAUCUGCCCCAUGGAAGAGGUUGUUUCCAUUGCCCUCUACAAUGACAUUUCACACAUGAAGAUCAAAGAUGCCUUGCCAUCUGACCUACCUCAGGAUCUUUGUCCUCUGUACAGGCCUGGAGAAUGGGAAGACCUGGCUUCAGAAAAGGAUAUCAACCCAUUCAGUAAGUUCAAAUCUAUCAAUAAGGAGAAACGACAGCAGAAUGGAGAGAGAACCAUUACUUUGGAUUCCAAAUCAAUAGGACCUUUAGAGAAGUCAACAGAACACACAGAUACAAAGUCACCAAGCAGCUCUGUGUCAGGAAAAUUAAAGGCAUGGGAUUCCUCUAGGGAGGCAACCAGUGAGUCUCCCACAUUGACUAAACUCAGCAAGGAACCUUCUGACACUCAUGUUGCAAUUGAAUCAACAGCCAAAGAAAACUCUCUUUUAGGGGAAGAUGAUGACUUUGUUGAUUUGGAAGAACUUUCUUCUCAAACAGACGGUGGCAGAGACAAGAGAGACACCUUGAAGGAAUGCCUUUCUCUUGACCCAGAGAAGAAGGAGGCGGAGUCACAAAUAAUCAGGUCUGCUAUGGACAUGCAGGAGCCAUCAGCCCUGAACUUUACAGAAACAGAGAGUGAUGCUGAACUUAAGAGGGCUCUAGACUUAGAAACCUGUGAGAAGCAAGAUAUAAUGCCAGAAGUGGACAAGCAGUCUGGUUCUCCAGAAAGUCGAGUAGAAAAUACGCUGAACAUACAUGAAGAGCUAGAUAAAGUUAAACUCAUUGAAUAUUACCUAAAUAAGAACAAAGAAGGGUCACAGUUUUCUGAAAAUUUGCAGAAGGUAGAAUUAAGUGAUGGCAAAAGUAGUGAACCAGUGGGAAUAGACAUCACCCUUAGUAGGUCUCUUCCUCAAGCAGGUGAUCUGCGAACUGAGGGCAGUGAAGAGCCAGAUAAAAUGCAAGUGAAACAGAGAGAUCCCCUUCCCCUGAAACUGAGCAAAGAAGAAAAUAUGAUUAAUGAGUCUCUAGGCUCCUCUUUAGACUCUACUCUGGACAACAGCUGUCAAGGUGCACAAAUGGAUAAGAAAUCUGAAAUUCAGUUGUGGCUAUUAAAGAGAAUUCAGGUACCCAUCGAAGAUAUACUUCCUUCAAAAGAAGAAAAAAGCAAGACCCCGCCCAUGUUCCUGUGCAUCAAAGUGGGAAAGCCAAUGAGGAAAUCCUUUGCCACUCACACCACAGCCAUGGUCCAACAGUAUGGCAAACGUCGGAAGCAGCCGGAGUACUGGUUUGCUGUUCCCCGGGAGAGGGUGGAUCACUUGUACACAUUCUUUGUUCAAUGGUCUCCUGAUGUCUAUGGGAAAGAUGCCAAAGAGCAAGGCUUUGUGGUGGUGGAAAAGGAAGAACUGAAUAUGAUCGACAACUUCUUCAGUGAGCCGACAACAAAGAGCUGGGAGAUCAUCACUGUGGAGGAGGCAAAGCGUCGGAAAAGCACAUGCAGCUAUUAUGAGGACGACGAGGAGGAAGUGUUGCCUAUUCUGCAGCCCCACAGUGCGCUCCUGGAGAACAUGCACAUAGAGCAGCUGGCCCGACGCCUUCCAGCCAGGGUGCAAGGGUAUCCAUGGAGACUGGCCUAUAGCACAUUAGAACAUGGGACUAGCUUGAAAACUCUCUAUCGGAAAUCAGCCUCACUAGAUAGUCCUGUCCUAUUGGUCAUCAAAGAUAUGGAUAAUCAGAUUUUUGGAGCAUAUGCAACUCAUCCAUUCAAGUUCAGUGACCACUAUUACGGCACGGGCGAAACUUUUCUCUACACAUUUAGCCCUAAUUUCAAGGUCUUUAAGUGGAGUGGAGAAAACUCGUAUUUUAUCAAUGGAGACAUAAGUUCUUUAGAACUUGGUGGUGGAGGGGGACGUUUUGGCUUGUGGCUAGAUGCUGAUUUAUAUCAUGGACGAAGCAACUCUUGCAGCACUUUCAAUAAUGACAUUCUAUCCAAAAAGGAAGACUUCAUAGUUCAGGACCUAGAAGUAUGGACAUUUGAGUGAAAUUCAGACUGCCUUAAGAUACCUUACAGAGACUGGGUUCGGUCAGCCCUCCUGGAGCUGGCUGGAAGAUGAAGCCCCAGCUCAGGCUGCCUCAUCCCACCAUCCUGCUUUCUUUCUGCCAUCAUUUCAGAGCAUGAUCACACUGCAGAAAGAUUCUGAAAGGUACGUGUGGAGGCAGACACUGAAGAAAGAAAUCUGAAGUUCACAUGGAAAGACUUUGUACUUCUACUUCCUUUAAUUCCAUACAGUGAGGAAUCAGAGUGUUUAUAGAUGUAUGAGUUGAAUGCAAUUUUUAUUUUUGGUAACUGUGAAAAAAAUAAGAUACUGUGGAAAUAUAUACAUGCCUUGUGUAUUUAUCAGCAUAAUUUUCAUUACCAAAAUGUACAGAUUUUGUUUGCCAUGAAAAAGGUGAGUUUCAUUUAGAAAAAUUGGAAGUGCACAGCACUUAAAGGGAAUAUAUGAUUUUUUUUAAACUUUUAUUUAUUAUUUCUAGUAUAUUGUCUAAAAUGUGUUGGCAGGUUUUUUUUUUCUUUUAAUGUGUCAAAAAUUGAAAUAAAGAAAUGUACACAUUUUGUGCUAUGUUUUGGGAACAAAUCUGUUUGAUUUAUAUAGUUUUAUAUUGAAUUUUUUUUUGCCCUGAUUGUUUAGGGUAAAUAGAUAAAUUAGCAAAAUAUCUAUCUAUCUACCUACCUAUUUACCUACCUACCUACCUAUCUAGAUAUACCUAGAUUCCUAGAUCUAGAUACCUAGAUAGAUAGAUAGAUACAUGCAUUUUUAAAAACUCAUUAUUAGUGUCUAUUGAUCUGACUAUUAGAGGCCAGCUUUUCAUUUAGUCAUUAAACAAGGUACAUUUUUAGUUACUUACUCUGAGCAUAUUUGUGUAAAGAAGAAUAUGCCAUUCCUCACAGCAUAAAUUGAUACUUAAAGAAAUGGAUACCUUUAUGAACCUAGACUUAUGACAAACCAGCUUUAGAAAAGAAAAUGUUUUGUUUUGUUUUUUAUAAAAUUAUAUGUGUUAAUAACAAAAACUUUAUUUUAUCGUUUUUUUUUUUCCACAACUCUCCCUGAGCGUUUGCAUUA